AGCAGAGCACUCGAGCAUUCGCGAUCAGAUUUAUUCGUAGUCCCAAAGUCAAACAUGAAAUCCGCCGGAGCUUUGAUGCUGAUUUUUUGCCUGCUGGUUGCGGUUAAUGCUACACCGGGCAAAGUGUAUAUUAAUGGAAAGUGCAUCGACUGCAACAAGCCGGAUAACGAUGACGGCAUAAUAAUGCCCCCUGAUCAUGGGACGGCUGGUUCUAUUUCAUACACUCUUACAUCUGGAGCGAUAGCCUUUGGAAUUUUAUAUCAUUUAUUUAGUUUAAUUACUGUGUAGUCAAUCCUCAAAUAAAAAUUGAUUUUUGGAAAUUUCUUGACUCAA